UAUCUCCGUAUCUUAUAUUUUAUAAUAUAGUAUUUAAUGGCAGGGAGCUGAUGUUACUCACUCUGCAGCCGGCAGUAGUAGAGAUGGAGAAAUUCAAAUAUCACACGAAAAUAAUAUCGCAACAAGGUGAAACUUUAACUUUUUCUUCGUUGGAGUUCUAUGUGUACACGUCACAUACAUCAUAGUAAAUCGAUUUCUACGUGCCCGAUCGGUUGUCGACGACAUUCACUCAUCAGCAUGAUUACAGCCCGUUUGAUCGUUUUAUCCUCGGCCCUCGUGAUUAUUGUCCCGGGCCACGUGUUUGGAAAUGAAGCGAACAAUGUCUUGUCCACAAAUUUUUCACCGGAGUCGAGAGAGAUUACGUAUCCGUGCAAAUGUCAAGAAAGCAAAUGCAGCUGUUGUAGUGGAAAUAUACUUCAAAACUUUAACCUUAACAUACGGCAACGGCUGUGCACCAACAUAACAUAUAACGCCGAUGACUUCGAAUUCAACGUCCGUAUAUUAUUCAAUGAUUACACGGUGUACAAUAGAGAUGUAUCGGGUAGGAAUCCGCGACCCAUAUGCGUGCCGAUCUUCCCGCCCGCCUGGACUCGGAGCCGGGUGUGUUUGAAGUUCAGCAACCUGUACUUCGUGGGCCGCAACGUUCACAUGUGCUUAAGUAUGGAAGCACAAACCGAGAAGAAACCCGUGUUCGCCGUCGACUUCAACUGCGUCCGGAUGGGCACUAUGGGAGUGGCGUUGCUAAAACCAGAGGAUGGCGGUGGCCUGGAGCCCCCACUGCCUGACGAUCCAGCCGACGCUCAGGUCCAAGGAACGACGGCGACGACGGCGGCAGUGGCAGUGGCGGCGGCGGACCCAACUACGAGCUCAACGGUGGUGAAAAAAAUAAAUAAUGCCAAGCCACCGCGCUCGUGAGUUUGGUGAAAACUCGAUUUGGAUAGUCCAACACAAUCAUAAUAUUAAUAGAUAGUGUUACGAUAGUGUUAUUAUUAUUGUGUAAUCGUGAAUGCUGACAAAAUAAUAUUAUGGCCUAUAACGAGUAAAUAUUUGGAUAUCAGUCGAGUUGGUUGGUUCGCAUAUUAUGACCGUUAUAUUAAUAUGUAUGUACAUAUAUUAUAAGUGGCAUACCUUAUUUAAUAAAUUAUUAAUUAAUAUACUUAAGUAUCAUUAAA